GACAGGCGUCGCGUGUCAGUGGUAACACGUGCGUACGCAGAGAGGGACCUGUUCUGGCAACAUGAAGCAUCCGAACAUCCUGCUCACAGGCACUCCUGGUGUUGGAAAAACCACUUUGGGCAAAGAGCUUGCUACGAGAACUGGGUUAAGUUAUGUCAGUGUCGGAGACCUCGCAAAGGAAGGUAACCUGUAUGAAGGAUAUGAUGAAGAAUAUGAUUGUCCUGUUCUUGAUGAAGACAGAGUGAUUGAUGAGUUGGAGGAUAAAAUGAGCGAAGGUGGAGUCAUAGUGGAUUAUCACGGUUGUGACUUCUUCCCGGAGCGUUGGUUCCAAAUCGUUUUUGUCCUGAGAACUGAUAAUGCCUUGUUAUAUGAGAGACUGGAGAGCCGGGGAUACAAAGAGAAGAAACUGCAGGACAAUGUGCAGUGCGAGAUUUUCCAGACGAUUUAUGAAGAAGCUGUGGAGUCGUAUCAACGUGAAAUAGUGCACCAGCUGCCCAGUAACUCACCAGAGGAUCUAGAACAAAAUCUGGAUCAGAUCACACAGUGGAUUCAGCAGUGGAUAAAGGAUAACAACUGAAAAUCAGACAAUUUACCAUUUACAUGAUCACAGGCCCCUCAAAAGUCUUGACAGGACACUUGCAUUCAAAUUCAACAAUUUGAGGAUUAGCAGUGUAGCUUUUUUCUGCAUUCACCCUUCUGUGUAAAUACUGUAAAGUGAGGCAAAUGCACUAUUUUCCAGAGAUUUCACACUGUUAUGCUGUAGCCUGUUAUAAUGCUUCUAAAAUCCAUCUGAUGGGGGAAAUUGGUUACAGUACAGAUGAGAUAUGACUGUACUCCAGAGACCAACCAGUUUGUCAUGGAGCACCAGUAUAGAUUCCAUAAUGUUCCCUGUGUAGGUUGCACAGUGGAGAAACAUACAACUAUUGAGAUGUCUCACUGCAGUCAUAAAGUGUUAGUUUUGAUGGAGCAACCAAAAAAAAGCAUUUAUUUUUACACCAGGAUGUAGGAGGUAAAGUGCUGAGCACUACGCAUGCUCGUGGCUGUCUGCUCUCCACGCCCGUGGCCAGUAUACACCUUCUGCAGCUAAAGGAUGGUGGCGGAGAAGCCAGCAGAGGCACGUGGUGACACAGCGCAUUCAUGUCGUUGUUGGCACUUCUGCCCCCCUCAUUCAGUUUGAUUGGAUGUAUUCUGACCGCUGUGGAGGUAUUUGGCAGCAGCCGUAGGGUAUGUGUUUUUUGUGAAUGCCUAAUUUGAUAAGCAAGGUUGUGUGUGUAAACAUUUAGAUGUCUCUUUCACCGCCAUUAUAUUUAAUAUUUGAUGAUGUCAUGAUGUCCAUGAUUAUGGUAAUAAGAUCUCAUUUUAUUAUGAGACUGAUAUUUUUGAAAGGUUAUUGCUAUAAAUAAUAUUGCUUAUGUACCUAUUUCCAAAAGUUUAUAGUUGCGCCUUUUUCCCUUUUCGAUGCCUGUGGUAUAUUUUCAUUAUUGUUGUGCGGGUGUCUGAUGGUCAAAUAUCCCAAACUCUUGGCCCAAACAUACACAUACAUAUUUGCCAAACAUUGUUUUGUGCACACUAUACAUCAUACUUCAUACAUCUUUGACCAUCAA